AAGAAAAGGUAAAAUAAAAUGUAGCAUGGACAAAUAUCCUCAUAAAUAAUUCUCUCGGUUCAAAAAGCACAAAAAGGUGAAUAGUCGAGUCCCCACUGUACAGAAAAAUAAAAGGAUCAAUCUGCUUUGUCUCCCCCAGCUGUGGACUGGACGACGACGACGAACCAGAGAGAGAGAAGAGAGAGGAGAGAGAAAGAGAGAAAGAGAAAAGAAAGAAAGAAAGGGAGGGAGGGCUUUGAAACAAACAGGGGACAAAAGGGCAGCAGGAGUUUGAAAAGGUUCAAAAAGGGUUCGCAAGAUCCGAGCUAAUUCACACGUCCAUCAAAUACCAGCAGCAGCAGCAGCAGCUGAAAGAGAGAUUUGACCGAAGAAACCUAGACUCACUGACUCACCAGACUUUCCCCAAACGAAUUUGAGAGAAUCGUCAUCAAAUGUCGUCUUCUUGUUCAUCAACAAGUUCACCUUGCGCGGCAUGCAAGUUCCUCCGCCGGAAAUGUCAACCGGAGUGCGUUUUCGCCCCGUAUUUCCCACCGGACCAACCUCAAAAGUUCGCAAACGUACACAAAGUUUUCGGUGCAAGUAACGUUACAAAACUUCUCAACGAACUCCUCCCCCAUCAACGUGAAGACGCCGUCAACUCUCUAGCCUACGAGGCCGACAUGCGGUUGCGCGACCCCGUCUACGGUUGCGUCGGAGUAAUCUCUCUCCUCCAGCACCAACUCCGGCAGCUCCAAAUCGACUUAUCAUGUGCCAAAUCAGAGCUAUCAAAGUACCAGUCUUUGAGUAAUUACGGAAUCAACCCUUUCAUUGCCGGAGGAGGAGGCGGUACUGGGGCUAACUCCGGUCGAGAGAAUUAUAGUAAUAAUUAUCAUCAUCUUCAAUGUCAACAUCUUCAUCAUCAUCAGUUCUUUCCGAAUAGUAACCAAUAUCAACAACAACAGGUGGUUGAUUACUUGAGAACAAAUGGAAACAACUGUGAUAUUAAUGGUGGACAGAUGAUUGGCUUACAUGGACAAAUGGGUAAUCAUUUGCAGAAAGCGGUGGCCGGAACUGUUGACGACCGGAGGACUACCGUUGAACCUUAAAGAUCUUGCAACUACUAGAUGAUGAGUACCUUGAGGUUGAUCUUUCAAACCCUAAGGUAUUAAUUAAUUAAUGAAUCAUAAUUAUGUUAUAUUUUAUUGGAAUAUUUGUUACUUUAAUUGGGAUUUAUAUUAUAUUUUCAUUAUUAAUAAGUUCUUAAUUUUA